AUGUGGAGAAGAGAGUGGCCCUACAAUUUCACAUUUCCACGGAGCUACAUGACCAGAGACACAUUUGAAGCAAUGUUUUGGUCUCUUCAUCUAUGUGACAUCAAAGAGGAUGAAGAGAAUCAAAAAAAGAAGGGAACACCUGAGUACGACCGCCUGUUCAAAAUCAAACCCCUCUACAGCCAGAUUGUCACUGCUUGCAACUCGCUCUUCCAGCCAUGCAGGGAAAUAAGCAUCGACGAGCGUAUGGUGGCAAGUAAAGCGAGAAUUGGCUUCAGGCAGUUCAUGAGAGACAAGCCAACUAAGUUUGGAUACAAACUGUUUGUGUUGGCUGAAUCCUGUUCUGGAUAUACGUGGAAUUUCUUUGUUUACCAAGGAAAAACUGCCAAUGUCCAGGGGGAGGGUCUCAGCUUCACAUCAGUCAUGGACCUAAUGAACUUUGCACUGCUGGGAAAAGGUUACCACUUGUAUGUGGACAACUUUUAUACAAGUCCAGCACUGUUCCAGCAACUUGCCACCAAUCACACAGCAGCUUGUGGAACUAUCCGCCAGACCCGCAUUGGCUUUCCCAAAACAAAAGUCAACGACCUACCAAAGAAGGCUGAGAGGGGAGACAUGAGGUGGCUGCGGAAGGACAACCUCCUCUUUGUCAAGUGGAAGGACACAAAGGAGGUGACGGUGUGCAGCAGUGUCCACAAGGCGUACAGUGGAGACUCCACACGCAGGAGAGUAAAGGAGGAUGGACAGUGGCACAACAAAAACAUUCCUGUUCCUGAUGCAGUAAGGGAUUAUAACAGGUACAUGGGAGGGGUGGACCUGUCAGAUGCCAUGAUCCAGUACUAUUCUGUUCGAGGGAAGACGAUGAGAUGGUACAAGACUUUUUUCUACCAUUUUGUAGAUAUUGCCGUCGUCAACUCCUACAUCCUCUUCAAGCUCUUGGCCAUCGGACGAGGAGAGACUCCCAUGAGCCACAAAAGAUUCAGGGAGGUCCUCAUGAAGGAGAUGGUAGAUGAGGCCCAAGCUGCAGUUGCUGCUGCUGCCCCCCGCCCAUCUCUCAGCACUACCUGUAUGCCCAUGUACUUUGGACAAACUGCCACUGACCAGCGGAGGGUCUGUGUGGUGUGCAAGGACCAGGGGAGAAAGGUGAAGACACCGGUGUACUGCAGCAAGUGUGAUGUUGCUCUGUGUUUCACCUCAAGCCGGAACUGCUUCAAAGACUACCAUCUUAGGAUGUAA